CAGUCUUAUACGCAUAUACUAUUACAAAUUACAACACGAGCACUUUUAACAAAAGCUUCGGAAACUAUCACUCAUCAAGCAUCAAUCGACAGCGGCGGCCUAAUCACAGAGAAAAUUUGGUCUAAAUUCGCUCCCAUCGGCGCCGCCCCCAUGAUCGAUGCAGCAUUUCCUCGCUGUAUUUCGAUGCUGAUCCGUUGGCGAAGAUAUUCCGUGGCUCGUUUUUCGCCGGUUUCCUGACGUAUUUUCUGUCCGAAUUAUUGUUAUUGUUCGGACAGCUUCCGGUCCGGGUGGUCCGAGCGUCUCAAAGCCCAGAGCACGGAAUAGUCCACAAAUCCAUAAACUGAGUGCGACCGUCUCUCGCCGUCUCUGACCUCAAUGGACAGUAAAUGCAUGUGUGAAGCUGCAUAGGCGUGUGGCUUUUCCAGUUUUUACUGAGCAUAUUCUCUUAUCACGCUGCGAUGGUGUUUUCUAAAUCCCCUUACGACUGGAACUGCGUAGAUGUCUUGGGAAACGAUGGAAUAUACCGUUUUGGCCGCGUGGUAGAUGUGGCUGAUAAUGAGAAGGGUCUGAUCGUUGACCUUUGCUGCGCGGACCGCAGGCGGGAGACCAUUCCUUUUUCAAAGGUUUUUCACGCUUCGUAUGGAAGGGAAAUUGGCGGGUUUGGUGCAUAUUUUGAGAGUUUCAACCCUUACUACAACGACGAGAUAGCAGCUACUUCUAAGGAUGGUAUUAUAGAAAUCGAUGGCCCCGGGCCCGAAGUGGAAGUACUGGUGCGUGAGCAUCUUUCCGGACCCUGGAUCUGGCUGCCUGGCAAGCUGUACAUUUCGCUAACCGAAGCCGAUAUAAACAUCAACAACCUGGCUCAAGUUGAAUGGUACAGCUCCGACGGCAAGACGAACACGGACAUCUUCCCCUGCACCAGCGUCCGCAGAUCCCAGAAAGAGUGGAUAAAAAGGUUAACACGAAAAAAAGCAGGGAAGCCCCAAUGUGUUGCCAAGGAUGACUUUGUAAAGCAUCGCCUGCGUUUGGAGUUAGCCACAGCGUUUCUUGUCGAUUCCGUUUCGAAAAAAGAAUUUCUUCGCCUGCUAUCGGAGUUUGUUCGGUCUGAUGAUAAUGGCGACAAGUGGCCAUGGACAACUGAUUUUAACAUGCACGUUAUAUUCGUGGACGUAAAAGACGGACACCUUCAUUAUAUGCGUCCCAAUCCAAAGUGUGGAACAUCACAGAACCGAACAUGCCUUUCAUCCGAUUCGGAAUGCACCUCCAAACCGGAAGUAGAGACCAAAAUAAUCGAAGCAGUAGACGAGGUUCUACGAUUUGCGAAACGAGACGCAAAGGAGAAAGCUAGAGCGAUGCUGAUCCAUACGAUUCGCGUCCUCCAUCCCAGAACUCACUGUCGAAAAACCGCCAAAAUCCAGACGCUUCCUCCAGAGUUAUUAGGCAAGAUUCUGUCGUACCCCGAUACCAUCACACAAACCCGCCUGCAACUCGUCUGCUCAGUGUGGAUGACUAUUCUGAGCGAAAAUUCCAAGGUGAACGACACCAUCUGGAUCGCCGAAAGUCCGUUCUGGGACCGGGACGCCAUAACACCGGAUUAUGUGGUAGUCUCCACCAUUGUCAAAUACCUGUCGCCAGCCAUCAAACGCAUUGUGCUGACCUAUGGCAGUCCCCGUUGGGUGGAGGGUGCCGAAAGUCCGCGAUGGUUUGAUGGGCAACUAUUGGCGGCGGCCGGCAGUAUGAAUUACGUCUUCGUAACCGGGAUUCCGGUCGAUCUGCAGGAGCUGCUGCUGCAUCGCUGGAAGUUCACCUUUCAAACUGGUCUGCAUCAAGGGCCUCAGGAUGAUUGUGAGGCACACUAUGAAGCGCCCGAUGAACUCGCGUCGGAGGGGUACGACCCUUACACACUUCCGCAUUUCUUUGUACAAUGCAGCGAUUUAGAUGAGAAAUAUCUGCACUGCAAAGAACUGGGUCUCGUUAACUGUCUCGUCACGUUGUUCCACUCAACGCUAGAUGAGGAGCACGUACUGGGCAAGACUGACCAGUGCAAAGUGGAGAUCGUCAUCAAUGUGGUGCGCGGUCGUAUCGAUCUGGCUGCCGGUAAUUUCGAGUGUGCGCUGUGGGAGCUGCUAGAAGCGUCAUUACCUGCUGCCGAUAACCGUCAGAAGAAAAUGGUAACGCAAUGGAUCAAGUGGCUGACGAAUAACCAGGAUUCCGAAAGGCGUAAAGCUCUGUUGCAGAUGACCCUCAAGAUACUUUGCGAAGUGCAAACAAAAGAUCCGCGCAAGACGUUGCAGUAUCGUGGAAAAAUGUGGUGCCAAGACGGCCUGACGGGUAUCAAGUUGAAUAAGUUGUCCCGCAUUACCAUGCACUUUCUAAUAAAGCUGGCUGGUCAGUUUCCGGAAGGAGACGAUGUGGAGGCACCAACAGACCAUGAUGAGUGAACAAAUCGAAGCGUUGUAGAGAUUUAAUGCAGCGUGUACACAGGUCCGCAUCUGUGCGGGUUUUACUAUAGUUUACCGGACCGGAGCAGAUCGUUUCAAUGAGUACAAGCGGUAAAAUUAAGUUACUUAUUUUAAGUUACAGUCAUUAAAAGCAUGUUGUCGCUUAUGUUCAUCACCAUGUUGAAUUAUUAUCGGACCUGUGAUGUUUUGGAUCAGGGCCGUUUUGUAACCUUAUGUAAUCGCCCGUAUGCGAUGCACCAGAAUGCCGUAAAAUUUAUUUGUUUAUUACAAUAAUUGUCUGUUUGUGGUGAAAAAGCCGUGUCGGCACAGAAACUUGCAACUGCAAUUCCAAACGAUAUAAAC